AUGUUAGAUCAAACCCAUGUUUACGAAACUCGUAGCGGUUACCUUGCUGAACUAAUUUCCAAGCAACGGAGGAAAGAUCAAACGCUUGAUGGACGGCUCAGUUCUGCUGGUUGGACCAAGGUCACUACUCAGUUCAACGAGAAGUACCCUGGGUCAUUUGCUAAGGCUCUUCUGAAAGAUCAUUUUGACUGCCUGGAGAAGAAGCGCAGUGCCACUCGGCAAGGCCUCCAAAGCGCAAUCAGCGGGGAUUUUGGUGAUACAUCAGUUCUGAUGAGCAGCGCAGAGAUGCUCAGCGGGGUGAUGAAUCUCGAUUAUGGUCAUCCUGGCGAUCAUGGUUUCUCCGUGCCAGAGCUCUCAAACUCCGUACCUUCAACAUCGCUUUCAACACCCACUCCCACGCCCAAGCGAAAGCAGUCCAACAUUCAAUCUCAAUCCAGAAAGAGAUACAAGGAGCCGAAAGACGACAAACCCUACAGUGUCAGGGUUCGCAGAAAUUCAAACCCAGAACAUGAGCUGAAAUUGAUGUUGAGAUACAGACAUGAUCUCGCCAUCUAA